AUUUAACCAAGAAACCCAAAUCUCUUACGAUCUUACCCACACCCACUGCUCUUUGCCCUUUGCCCAGCACUGUAGCACCAGCACGUCGUCGCCGUCGCCGCACGCCGUCCCGCUCCCUCUCACUCUCAGUCUCCCUCAGUCCCUCUAAGCUCUCACGAUCUCACCCUCAGGCCUCAGUGUCAUCGCAUGCCAUCCCCUCCCUCUCACUCUCAGUCUCCCUCAAUCUCUGACUCUCCCUCUCACAAUCUCACCCUCAGCCUCCGACUCUCCCUCUCACGAUCUCACCCUCAGGCCUCAGUCUCACUCUCAGUUCGACGUCUCGGCUCACUCUCAGCCUGGCAUCUCAACUCAUUCUCAAUCCGACGUCAAUCUCCCUCUCUCGACUCUCUCAGACUCACUCCAACGUCGAUCUGCAUUUUUUUUAAAUAUUUAAUAAAUAAAAUUAGUAUUUUUCUUUAAAAAAUAAAUUUAAGGUAUUUAAAAUAUAUAAUUAUGUUUUAAACGGAUAACUCGACCCGAUUAAUAAAUGGACGGAUUAAUAAAUGGACGGAUUAGGAUUUACAUUGUUAUGACCCGUUUAACAUGGAUCCAUUUACAAUCCGAACCGUUUACGAUCCAACCCGUUUUUCAACCAGUCCGGAUCCGGCCCAUGAACCCGGCGGACCAAUCACCCUCUAUGUGUCUCACGUGAAAGCAAUUAGAGACGCAGAUUUUGAUACAUAGAAGUCACGGCGCAUUUAUAAUUUCUAAUUUUAAAAAGUGUCAUGUGGAGUGGGGGAGGGGGGCUAGGGUGGGCACUGUUAUUUUCCCAAAACUUGAUCCAAAAAACCAUUUAACGGGUCCUAGCUAGAAUAAUUUCUUUGUGCUCUUUAGGUCUCUCAUCUCUCUGAACACUGCUCUUCAGCCUUGGCAGUGAAGAAGAUGUCCGGAAGCAUCCUCUCAAGUUUGGCGACCGGUACCGGUACUUAUAUUGGCUUAAAACCCACUUCCCCUAAGCUGGUUUUGGGGAAGGAUUCUUCAUCAGUUGCAUGGAGCUUGAAAACUGUCUCUAACGGUUCUAAGAUUCGUUGUAUGAAGACAUGGAGUCCCCUAAACAAGAAGUUUGAGACGCUGUCCUACCUGCCACCUCUUUCCGAUGAUCAGGUUGCCAGACAAAUCGAGUACAUGCUCUCAAAGGAAUGGGUUCCUUGCCUUGAAUUUGACGAGUUGGGGACGGUGCGUAGGGAGAACAGCCGUAUGCCGGGAUACUACGACGGCAGAUACUGGACGCUGUGGAAAUUGCCGAUGUUUGGGUGCACUGAUUCGUCCCAAGUCAUAGCUGAGAUCCAGGAGUGCAAGAAGUGUUACCCAAAUGCUUACAUUCGCUGCUUGGCGUUCGACAACCAGCACCAGUGUCAGUGCAUGUCCUUCCUCAUUCAAAAACCCACCUCAUCACCUACCUAAUUAACACACACGCACCACUUUCUCUCUCUAGUAUCUCUCUCAGAUCGAGCGUCUGCAGAAUACUCGAUCGGUUUAAUACUACCUGCUUAAUAUCACUUUCCUUUUUUGUCCGUGGGAAUAAUAUAAUUAGGCGAUGCUUGAAUGUUUUGUAAGAUGGCCCGUUUUGGGCUCAGAUAUAUGAAAUAAUAAGCUUUUAGUUUGAAUUA